CGGGAAAAUCGCUACAAUAGACAGGGUGGUCACCUUGGAUUUCUCUCAGCGACCUUUAUCGAACGCCCCCGUUCCCCAUGGAGUAGUGCGCGUCGGCCCCUCGUUUCCUUUUCUCUCUCUUCCGACAUUUCGCCUGCCAACCUCGCAGCAGCAAGUGUGAGACUCAAUACGUUCUACUCUGCCAUCAAGAGCAAGGAUGGCUCACCCAGAAAAUGAGCCUCUUCCUGGGGACAAAAUUGAUAACGCCGACAUCGAGCUGAUGGAACGGGGAAGCGCAUCCUCAGCUGAACACCACAAGUCAGCCAGUCGCUCUUCUGUAUCCAGUUCUACGAUGGUCCCUGCCGGAGAGAAGGACAAGGGCUCUCGUCCAACUGCACUGGCACGAUCCGAGGACCCGGACGCGCUUUUCGCCCACCUUCCAGAGCAUGAAAAGGACAUUCUGAAAAAGCAACUGGACGCACCGGAUGUGAGUGUGUCGUUUUUCGCACUCUUCCGAUAUGCUUCGCGAACGGACGUCUUGAUCAUGCUUGUCAGUGCGCUUUGUGCUAUUGUAGCAGGCGCUGCUCUGCCCUUGUUUACCAUUCUGUUCGGAUCUCUGGCCUCGGCUUUCAGAGGCAUUGCUCUAUACGAACUCUCUUACCACGACUUCUAUCAUCAGCUGACGAAAAACGUUCUUUACUUCGUGUAUCUUGGAAUUGCCGAAUUCGUCACUGUCUAUAUCUCCACCGUCGGUUUCAUUUACACUGGAGAACACAUCACGCAAAAGAUUCGUGAACAUUACCUGGAAUCUAUCUUGAGACAAAACAUGGGUUAUUUCGAUAAACUUGGUGCUGGUGAAGUCACAACUCGCAUCACAGCCGACACGAACCUGAUCCAAGACGGUAUCUCAGAGAAGGUUGGGCUUACUCUGACAGCUAUCGCUACCUUCGUGACCGCGUUUAUUGUCGCCUACAUCAAGUACUGGAAACUUGCGCUCAUUUGUACCUCGACCAUUGUCGCCCUUGUCAUGACUAUGGGUGGUGGCUCUCGCUUUAUUGUCAAAUACAGCAAGAAGUCCUUGGAGAGUGCAGGUGCCGGUGGGACCGUGGCCGAAGAGGUCAUCAGCUCAAUCCGUAAUGCCACAGCAUUUGGUACCCAAGACAAGCUAGCCAAACAAUAUGAGGCCCAUUUGGCUGAAGCAGAAAAAUGGGGUAUCAAGACUCAGGUCAUUCUCGGCUUCAUGAUCGGCGGCAUGUUCGGUAUCAUGUUUUCUAACUACGGCCUUGGUUUCUGGAUGGGUUCCCGUUUCCUCACCGAUGAAGAUGUCAACGUGGGACAAGUACUGACUGUUCUCAUGGCUAUCUUGAUUGGGUCUUUCAGCUUGGGAAACGUCGCUCCUAAUGGGCAAGCUUUUACGAAUGCCCUUGCUGCAGCCGUCAAGAUCUAUGGGACUAUCGACCGUCCCUCUCCUCUGGAUCCCUACUCCGACGAGGGGGAGAAACUUGAGCACUUCGAAGGCAAUAUUGAAUUCCGUGGCAUCAAGCACAUCUAUCCAUCCCGCCCUGAAGUCAUCGUCAUGGAUGGUGUUUCCCUGUCUAUGCCUGCCGGUAAGACGACUGCGUUGGUUGGUCCAUCUGGCUCAGGGAAGAGUACGGUUGUUGGUCUAGUUGAGCGAUUCUACUUUCCGGUAGGAGGCUCUGUUCUCUUGGAUGGCCACGAUAUCUCAACCCUCAACCUUCGUUGGCUGCGUCAACAAAUAUCGCUGGUUAGUCAGGAACCUGUUCUCUUUGGUACCACGAUAUACCACAAUAUCCGCCACGGUCUUAUCGGUACCAAGUAUGAGAAUGAAUCGGAGGGAAGAGUCAGAGAGUUGAUUGAGAACGCGGCGAAAAUGUCCAACGCUCAUGAUUUUAUUACCGCCCUCCCCGAAGGCUAUGAGACGAAUGUGGGUCAGCGCGGUUUCCUGCUCUCCGGGGGACAAAAGCAGCGCAUUGCCAUCGCACGUGCUAUAGUCAGUGACCCGAAGAUUCUUCUGCUCGACGAAGCGACAUCGGCGUUGGACACAAAAUCCGAGGGUGUCGUUCAGGCAGCCUUGGAUAGAGCUGCUGAAGGCCGCACUACCAUUGUUAUUGCUCACCGUCUCUCUACCAUCAAGUCAGCUCACAACAUCGUCGUUAUGGUGAACGGUAAGAUUGUGGAACAGGGCAACCAUGACGAACUCGUUGGCCGUAAAGGCACAUACCAAAGCCUCGUGGAAGCACAGCGAAUCAAUGAGGAGAAGGACGCGGAAGCCCUUGCUACUGAUGGUGUGGAUCUCAACGAUGAUACCUUCGCCAAAGACGAGAUCGAACGUAUCAAGUCUGCAAGCAGUGGCACCGGUUCGCUAGCUGAUGACGACGAAAAGAUGUUUGCCGCCAAUGGCCUUGGACGCAGUGGAACACACAAGUCGAUUUCCAGCGCCAUUCUUGCUAAGCGAGAACCGGAAGUUGCUAAAAAAUACUCGCUGUGGGCGUUAGUCAAGUUUAUCGCUUCGUUCAAUCGCCCCGAGACUCUCUAUAUGCUUAUUGGCCUGGUUUUUGCUGUGCUCUCCGGUGGUGGCCAACCUACCCAAGCUGUUUUGUACGCCAAGGCCAUCAGCACGCUUUCACUCCCAACAAGUGAGGCUGCAAAGAUCAGACAUGACGGUGCGUUCUGGGCUCUGAUGUUCUUUGUGGUCGGGAUCGCCCAAUUUAUCAACCUCUCCAUUAAUGGUGCCGCUUUCGCGGUUUGCUCGGAGAGACUAAUUCGCCGAGCUCGGAGUAUGGCUUUCAGGUCCAUGUUGCGUCAGGAUAUUACUUUCUUCGAUAGAGAAGAAAACAGUACUGGUGCACUCACAUCCUUUCUAUCGACUGAAACCAAACAUCUGUCAGGUGUCAGUGGCGCCACACUGGGUACAAUUCUCAUGACCAGCACGACUCUUGGCGCAGCUAUGAUUAUCUCUCUCUCCAUUGGUUGGAAGUUGGCUUUGGUCUGUAUAUCUGUUGUUCCGGUGCUGCUGGGCUGUGGAUUCUACCGCUUCUACAUGCUAGCGCAGUUUCAGCAAAGAUCCAAGAGCGCUUACGAAGGAUCUGCAAGCUAUGCUUGUGAGGCGACCUCUGCUAUUCGCACCGUGGCUUCCCUCACCCGGGAGAAAGAUGUUUGGAAUAUCUACCACGGCCAGCUAGAGGCACAGGGCCGUACAAGUUUGAUCUCGGUGCUAAGGUCUUCUAUCCUAUACGCCGCCUCGCAAGCGCUGGUCUUCUUUUGUGUUGCGCUUGGCUUCUGGUACGGAGGUACGCUCCUGGGUCAUCAUGAGUACUCUGUCUUCCGCUUCUUUGUCUGCUUCUCCGAGAUUCUAUUUGGUGCGCAAUCUGCUGGCACGGUCUUUUCUUUCGCUCCAGAUAUGGGAAAGGCGAAGAAUGCUGCAGCUGAAUUCCGCAGACUCUUCGACAGGAAGCCACAGAUCGACACCUGGUCGGAAGAAGGCGAGAGCCUUCAGUCAGUGGAAGGGUCCAUUGAAUUCCGCGAUGUGCAUUUUAGGUACCCCACCCGAGCUGAACAGCCUGUCCUGCGAGGACUGAAUCUGACCGUCAAACCUGGGCAAUAUGUCGCCCUCGUUGGCCCUAGUGGCUGUGGUAAAAGUACCACCAUUGCGCUGCUUGAGCGAUUCUAUGAUGCCAUCGCAGGAAAGGUUCUUAUCGACGGCAAGGAUAUCACACAAUUAAAUGUCAACUCGUACCGCAGUUUCCUAUCGCUCGUGAGCCAGGAACCAACCCUGUAUCAAGGUACGAUCAGGGAGAAUAUUCUCCUGGGCGUUACCGGUGAGGAUGUGCCCGAGGAAGCGCUGGUCAAGGCUUGCAAGGAAGCCAAUAUUUAUGAUUUUGUCAUGUCUCUCCCGGAUGGAUUCAAUACAGUGGUUGGCAGCAAAGGAAGCAUGUUGUCUGGAGGACAGAAGCAGCGUGUGGCUAUCGCACGGGCCCUGAUUCGGGAUCCCCGAGUUCUUCUCCUUGACGAAGCCACCUCUGCCCUUGAUUCCGAAUCUGAGAAAGUUGUGCAAGCAGCGCUCGAUGCUGCGGCUCGUGGCCGAACCACCAUCGCAGUUGCGCAUCGUCUCAGCACUAUUCAGAAAGCCGAUGUCAUUUACGUAUUUGACCAGGGCAAGAUCGUGGAGAGCGGAACACACCAGGAGCUGAUCCGCACCAAAGGUCGCUAUUUCGAGCUGGUCAACUUGCAGAGCCUGGACAAAGGCCACUAAUUAUACUCAUUCCUAUAUAUCCUGUACAGAUUUUAUAAUGUCUUGCCUCUUCUACACCGCUCAUUCUUAUUACGUUUAGAUAUUCCCGCUCUUCUUCUACUCAUUUUGUUUCUCAUGUGACAUGACAUGAUUUGGGGAGGCCUUUGCAUGCAUGAUGAUGUGCCUCCAAGCGGAUAUUGUGACUUGUCUUCAUUAUGUUGCGUUGUUGGCUGGCUUA